AGAAGAAGUUAGCCGGUGAGCUUGACAUUCUUCCCGGCGGAGAAGCGCAGUGUUGCCCAGCGGAGACUUGUCUCAAACUUAAAAACUCUUCUUUUUUCACUCUGGUUUGUGGUCUCUUCAUGUAGCAUAAAUGCCGAAGCGUUCAGCCGAAGCUCCCGGUGUCGUUGCCUUCUGCGUUCAUUGCUAGGCGAUGGACGGGAAGCAGAUCCAGGUGAGCGACGAAGAGCCCAAAGUACUGAGAGAAGAGACCCGGAGGAGGAGGAGAAAGAAGGCCAUCACCUCGUCCUCCUGCACCACCAUGGAUCAGAUCGCCGUGGAGUUCGUCCUGCCCACCGCGGCGCGGGGCGGGAGCAGCCCUGACACCCUGCUGCUGGAGGUGGCUGGAAACUGGACGGUGGAACAGGUGAAAGCUCAGGUGUGGCUGAAGGCGGUGACGUUAAACCUCUGUCCCGACUUCUACCAGCGGUUUUCUCCCGACCACUGCAUCCUGCUCUACCAGAAGAAAGGCAACGUGUGUGAGAUCUACGACAAGCACCAGGUCUUCCAGACGCUGGACUGCAUUCGAUACUGGAGAGCCCUGAAGAAAGAUGUGGGGCGGAUCCAGCUCGUCCCCCGUCCGCAGCCGUCGGACGAGUCCCUGCAGUACCAGCGCUACCUCAACUACCUGAUUGGCUACGACGUGACCGAUGUCAGCAACGUGCACGACGACGAGCUGGAGUUCACCCGCAGGAAGCUGCUGACGCCGCGACGCAUCGAGCUGUCUGACCGCGACCCAAAGCUCUACUCCAUGGACCCCUGGGUGACCCGCAAGCCGCUGCCUGAGCACCUGCUCAGCAAGGCGAGUGUGGUCAGUAACAAUCAGAUCCUGGUGGUGAUCCACAUCAGCACGGCCAGCCAGACCAUCAAGGUCUCCAUCGAUGACCCGCCAGCACAGGUGCUGGCGAGUUUCUUCACCAAGACGGCCAAUAAGAGAGGUUUGCUGGGCAUUCCUGACAACAUGUGUGAGGCUGACUUUGUGCUGCGUGUGUGUGGGAGGGAGGAGUACCUGUACGGAGAGAAACCGCUGCAGAACUUCAACUGGAUCCGUCAGUGUCUGAAGAACGGCGAGGAAAUCCACCUGGUUCUGGAGACGCCGCCUGAUCCCAGCCUGGAUCUGGUCCAGAAGGAGGACUGGGCACAAGUGGACGACUGCACCGGAGUCGCAGGCACCCACGAGCAGCUCACCAUCGAUGAGAAGGACCACGAACGAGUGUUCACCAUCUCCAUGUGGGACUGUAACAGGAAGUUCAGAGUGAAGGUGCUGGGUAUUGACAUCCCCUCCCUCCCCAAAAUCCCAGAGUUCGUCGUCUUCAUAGAGGCCAGUAUCUUCCACGGCCAGCAGCUUUUAGCUCAGGAGAGGACGACCUCUAAAACCUUCAAUGAGGAAGUGCUGUGGAACUGCUGGCUGGAGUUUAACAUUAAGAUCAAGGACCUGCCUAAAGGAGCGCGCCUCAACCUCCAGGUGAUCUGCGGGAAGCAGCCCCAGACGCCCAACUCCAAGGGAAGCUCAGCCUACCAGGAUAAUACAGCAGGAUCAGGCGGCCACGAUGGAAAGACCAAGAGUCGCCUCCUGUACUACGUCAACCUGCUGCUGAUCGACCACCGCUCUCUGCUCCGCCAGGGCGAGUUCAUCCUCCACAUGUGGAAGAUGCCGGAGAAGAGCGAGGAGAGCAGCAGCAGCAUCAACGCGGACAAGCUCACCUCGGCCACCAACCCGGACAAGGCGUCCACCAUGGCCAUCGCCAUCUUGCUGGACAAGUACUGCUACCCCGUGGUGCUGCCCAAGAGCCGCGACGUGGGCCGGGACGCCGGGGCCGGGAGCGAGGAGGCUGAGGGCGGCGAGCGGGGUCAGAGGGAGAUGCCCAACCACCUGAAGAAACAGUUUGCGGCUAUCGUGGCCACCGACCCCCUGCAUCCACUCAGUCCUGAGGACAAAGAGCUGCUGUGGCACUUCAGGCACGAGUGUAUGCGCGACCCCAGGGCCUACCCAAAGCUCCUGGGUUCAGUCAGGUGGGGCAAACAGGAAGAUGUUUUGGCAACACACCGCCUGCUGGAGCGCAGCAGCGCGUGGGACAGCAGCGGUCUGGAUGUCGGCCUGGCCAUGCAGCUGCUGGACUGUCACUACUCAGACGCUCAGGUUCGCUCAAUGGCCGUGAGGAAGCUGGAGACUCUGGAGGAGGAUGAUGUGCUCAGGUACCUUCUGCAGCUUGUACAGGCGGUCAAGUUUGAGCCUUACCAUGACAGCGCCCUGGUCCGGUUCCUGCUGAAGAGGGCUCUGAGGAGUAAGCGCAUCGGCCAUUUUCUCUUCUGGUUCCUGCGCAGCGAGAUCGCUCAGUCCAUGCAUUACCAGCAGAGGUAUGCUGUCCUGCUGGAGGCCUACCUGAGAGGCUGCGGUGAAGACGUGCUGCAGGACUUCAGGAAGCAGGUGGAGAUGACGGAGGCUCUGCAGAAAGUCACCCGCGAGACCAAGGCCAUGUCCGCCGACAAGUACGACGUUACUGCACAGGUGGUGUUUCAGUUGCGUCAGAAGCUGGAGACUCUGCAGUCGUCAGGUCUGCCGGAGAGUUUCAGAGUCCCCUACGAUCCUGGACUCAGAGCUGGAGCCCUGCUGAUCGAGCAGUGUAAAGUGAUGGCAUCGAAGAAGAAGCCCCUGUGGCUGCAGUUCAAACGGGCCGACCCCACCACUCUGUCCAAGGACCCCAUCGGCAUCAUCUUCAAAGACGGCGACGACCUCCGGCAGGAUAUGCUCAUCCUGCAGAUCCUGCUGAUCAUGGAGUCGAUCUGGGAGACCGAAACACUGGAUCUCUGCCUGUUACCGUACGGCUGCAUCUCAACUGGGAACAGAAUAGGUAUGAUUGAGAUCGUGAAGGACGCCACCACCAUUGCUAACAUCCAGCAGAGCGUUGUGGGAAGCACCGGGGCUUUCAAAGACGAGAUCCUUUAUCAGUGGCUCCGGGACAAGUGUGUCAGCGAGGACAAGUUCCAGCAGGCUGUGGAGAGGUUCCUGUACUCCUGUGGGGGCUACUGUGUGGCCACCUACGUCCUGGGUAUUGGGGAUCGGCACAACGACAACAUCAUGAUCACUGAAUCUGGGAACCUCUUCCACAUCGACUUCGGCCACAUCCUGGGGAAUUACAAGAGCUUCAUGGGAAUCAGCAAGGAGUGGGUUCCCUUCGUGCUCACGCCAGACUUCCUGUACGUCAUGGGAACAUCAGGAAAGAAAAGCAGCGCCCACUUCCAGAAAUUCCAGGACGUGUGUGUGAAGGCUUACCUCGCCCUUCGCCACCACACCAACCUGCUCAUCAUCCUGUUCUCCAUGAUGCUGAUGACCGGCAUGCCCCAGCUGACGAGCAAGGAGGAUAUCGAGUACAUCCGCGAGGCCCUGACCGUCGGCCGCAGCGAGGACGAGGCGCAGCGCCACCUGCUGGACCAGAUAGAGAUCUGCAGGGAAAAAGGCUGGAUGGUUCAGAUCAACUGGUUUGUUCAUCUGGUGCUGGGGAUCAAGCAGGGCGUGGAGAAACGGUCCACUUAGCACUCUGCAUAGAUAAUGGAACGAUUAAGAUUUCAACUGAUUUUUCCUUAAUGCAUUUCUGCUUUUUACUCGAUGUAAAUAAGAGUCUUACAGGAGCGUCAAGCAGAGGACAGAGAAGUCAUGAAAAUAAUUUUAUAAAGUCGCCCCGGUAUACCCUCAGACACAGAUUUUGUAUUUUAGACCACAGGAUGGCUUUAAUGUAAAGACAUUUUUAUGAAGAAUAAUGAGAGUAGAAUAACUGAGUGUAAACAACAGUCCCAUCAUUUCAGCUAUGGAAAACUGGCUGGAACUUUGCAAGCAAAGCUGCACAAGAGUUUGCAAGAGUGACUGAAAAAGAGAGAAUGGAGAAUAAAAGCCUUGAGGAUUAUAACCUGUGACGCUGCAUGUGAGCAAACUUCACACAAAAAUUCAUUAAUUAAUUCUGUUCUGUUGUGAGGAGAGUGAAAAUCAGUUUCACUGGAGCGAUUGUUUUCACAGCUUGGACCAAGUCAAACAUCCAAACUCAAAAUCAAUCAUCACUAUGACAACCGUGUGUCUAUUUUUCAGGUGCGAAGGGUCUCUAUCUGCUUAAGUAGCUACACCGCUUCAUGGUAGAUUCUGGUGAAGCGCACCCUUCGUUUUCAUCCUUUUACAAAGUCAGACUACUUCCUGUUUCUAGCCGCCUCAUUCAAAGUCCUUUCCUGCAGAGGAAACACGUUUCUCACACAUUUCCUCCACAUUGUUUGCAUUUUAAACCAUGGUACAUGUCACACUGGAGCCUCGCUGAAGCAGCGCUGCAACUGUCCCUCCACUCCACUGAUUGUUCAGGAAUACUUCUCAGGUGUCUUGAAUAACUUGGUGCUCACGAAAUUUAAAUUCCAAAAAAUGUGUCGCGACACUCAGCACAUGCUGGUCAGUGCUGCGGUCGCGGCUUAUGUGAUGGUGGAACAUGGAAGGGAUUUGUUUUGUGUGCUGCCUUCUGUCCACAUUACAGCCACACAAGCCAACUUUGACUGAAAGCAACAAGUUCACAGUUCACACCUCUCUUUCCAGGUUUUUUUUAAGUGAAUCUGGACAGACAAAAGUAAUAAUGGAUAAUUAGACUGUGGGUUUUUGAUUACAUCAGCACAAGUUACUUCCCAGAGAGCUACAAUAAGAUCAGUGUUUUUUAAAAACUGCUGGAAACAUCCAAACCUUCCUUUUUGUAAUAGAGCUUUUAUGACAGUAAAUGUUUUCAAUCUUUGAUUCUGGAAAUGAAACAACUGGAACGUUUUAGCUUUUCUGUGUAAUGAUAUCAGACAGAUUAAAAUGAUGCACUAUAAAUACUUUUUUGUGUUUUCUUUAGCAUUUUAUAGCUGCAAUAAAUUACAUUCCCCUC